ACUAGUCUGGAUUAGCUAGAGACUUCAUAACUUAAGGCUCCUGAUAUGAUUGUAUUUUCUUGGAUGGCAGAGCAUCUUUUUGGAUAAUCUUUCAGCUAAGCUACUUUCAUGUUGACUUUCAUCAGAAACUUGGAAUUAGUAUAGGGGUUGUAAUUUCCCCCCACAGCUGAGAUUUAGGAAAUUACUGUGAUACUCUUUAACUGAAGAGAGUCUCAAGUGUCGAAUGGCAUGCCAAUCAUCUCGAUUUAAUCUGAUUUGAGUGGCAAUCGAUUAAUUUGACAUCAUUUACACCCGUGAAGACCUGUGGAUUGUGGAGAAUUGACGGCUGUUCGAAUUAUUUUCAAUUAAGCCCCAAAGCUUCAGGGAGCGCAGUAACACUAUCGUUGAACAUUUGACAUUUACUCAGUAAUUGCACAUGAUGCUGGUGCUUUGACUGUGGGACAUUUACGUGGAUUAUGUCAAUAGGCAUUUAGUUCUAUGUAUUGAGGGAGAGUUGUGUUUGUGUGCUAUUUGUGUACUCAAGUAGUCUGCUGAUAAGACGGAGAACUGUUACAGACAUUUAUUGAGACCUGGAAAUUGGGUUUUAAAGCUCAGAUAAAAGUCUGACAAAAAGGAAAGUACAAAUUCAGAUACCAUGGCUCUAGUGGAGAAAGCUUUAAUGAGAAUAGUGAAGCAGCGUGUCCUACGCGGACAUGAGGAUGCAGUCCAGUCCUGUCAGUACUGCUGCGAUGACCAGAAGAUCCUGACCGCGUCCUUCGACAAGACGGUAAAACUGUGGGGUGUGGAGGAGGGGGAGGUGGCGCACUCUUUUGAGGCUCACACUCACCAUGUGAACCAAGCAAGAAUGAGUCCUGAUAACAAGAAAAUGGUAUCAGGAGGCUGGGAUAAGAAGAUGCAUGUUUGGGAUGUGCAGACAGGAAGAGUUCUGUGGACAGCUGACCACCCCGGCAUAGUGACCAGUGUCAGUUUCUCCAAGGACGGCAAGUCCAUCGUCUCCUCCUCAGACCUGGAGUAUAACAUCAGAGUCUGGGACACGGAGGAGGGAAGGAUGAUCAGCGAGAUCAAAGGUGCCCAUGCCAGUGCAGUGACCAGUUGUAACUUCACACCAAGAGAUGACCGCUUGACCACCACUUCCAUGGACAUGACAUCCAAAUUCUGGGACCUCAAAUCACAGAAGUGCACCCUGACCCUGAGAGGACACAUCAAUAUCAUCUCAGAUUGUAGUAUAACAGCAGAUGAGAGACGCUUUGCUACUGCAUCAUGGGAUAAGACUAUUGCAUUGUGGGAUAUUGCCACAGGGUCGUACAGAUCCCAGGGUGCCACAUACCUGAAGAAAUCUCAUGAGGGCAGCAUCAGUUCUAUAGCAUUUAGUCCAGAUGGCUCCAUGUUGGUAUCUGGUGGCUAUGAUAUGAAUAUGGUGGUGUGGGAUGCAGAUAACUGUGCUCAGAAACUAAAACUUCAGGGUCAUGAAAGUUGGAUAGAAGAUUUGUGUUGGAGUCAGGAUCAAAACUGGAUCAUGUCAUGUUCAAAGGACCACACAGUGAGAUUAUGGAACGUAGAAGACUCAGAUGAGCUGCCUGUGGUGAUGGAAAACAAGAGAACCAUUGGAGUCAAAAUAAUCACAUGCACGGAGUGCGGGAAGCCAUUUUCUAUGAUGCAGGCCGAAGACGCCAAGAGCAAAAAGUGUGUUUUCUGUCGAAUGCAGAAGAGGGACUAUUUUGUACCAACCACGGAGGACCAGGAGCUGUCCUCUGGUGAUGAGGCACCUGAAGGAUGACCUAGUUUCAGUGAAUGACCUGACCUUGAACUUUGGUUAAUGUCAAGGUUGAUUGAUAUGAUACCAUGUUCUGGUACAUGUAUUGUCUGGUACCAGUUUUUUUACCAAUGCAGAAGAGAGACUAUUUUUCUACCAAUCACAGAGGAUAAUAAGUGAUUAGGCUCCUGAAGAAUAACCUUGUUGCAUCAAGUGCACUUGACCUUUUAUUAACCUCAAGGUUAAGUGUUUUUCAGGCCAUAGAUCUGGUUGGAAUACAUUUCUUCAUCCUUCAUUUUUCUUUCACCGCCAAGUGCAAAGUCCCAUUAAAGUCUGUUUUAAUCUAAAUUUCAUCUUAUUUUUGUAAAUACGUGUUCAUGGUAUUUAGUAAUACCAGUAUUCAUAUUUACUGUCAUCAUCCUAACAGCUAUUGGGAUUUUACAUUAUAUGUAAUAGACUGGGUUCCCAUACCUAGAUCGAUCUAACAAGAUCGGUCCAUCUCCAUGGUGUUUCUAUCAGCUUCAG